UCCUCCAGACAUUACGGUUGUUACACAUCGAGCUGCGCCGCCGUCGCAGCAGAGCGGCAUCGACCGUGUGUCGUGGGGAUCCGAGCAGCUGGGUCCGUGUCCGGGUGAAUCUGCGUGGAGCAGCGCCAUGUUCCUCCGGGUGUUCCGCUCCGCGCCUCCAGCCUCGCGGGCGGUGGCGCUAGCAUCGUGGUAGCUAUGCGGGGCGCGUGAGCUGCGGGGCUCGGACACACACAUCGCGUGCGGUGAGCCGUCCGGUUCUCUGGGAUGCAUCUGUCGAAGCGGUGCUCGGCCUUCAGAGUGGUGCUGGGCGCCCUGCUGCUCGUGGCGCUGCUGCAGCUCAUGUACCUGUCCUUCCUGUCCCGGUUCCACGGGAAGCAGCAGCGCUACCGCUUCUCCGAGCUGUUCGGGAGCUCCGGGGCCAAGAAGACCGCGCACCCCGAGAAGAACACGCGCAAGGAGCGGCUGAGGUUCUCCCUGUCCACCGGGGGGAUCUUCGACCACAGCGGCCAGUACCGGGUGUACAAGAACCUGAUUCAAAGUGAUUUCACCACGAACCAGAAGCCAGGGUCGGUUGUCCUGGCCCUAGCGACACACACGACCAUCAACAACCUGCACCACCUGGACUCUCUGCUGGAGAGGUGGCACCACCCGCUCUCUGUGGCCAUAUUCGCACACGGGCAAGAUGUCAAGUUUGCCACAGCUCUGGUUUAUGCUCUCAGCUUCUUCUGCCCUCAGAUCCAGGCCCUGGUGGACUUCCACUUGGUCUGCCUGUCUGGAGAGAUGGCCAGCUUCCCCGAGCAGGACCAUGAGCACUUUGCAGGGCUGGAGGACUGCGCCUCUGUCUUCAGCCGACUGGAGACCCACAGGGACAAGUUCAAGAACUACGCCAUCAGCGGAAACGUGUCCUACCCCAACAACCUUCUUCGUAAUGUCGCUCGAGGUGGCACCGAGUCCUCCUACAUCCUGGUCAUUGACAUUGACAUGAUGCCGAGUACCGACCUGCACCCGCAGUUCUUGGCCAUGAUCUCCAGUCGAGAGGCCGCGGGCGACGAGGUCUUUGUGUUACCCGCUUUCGAGAUCCGCCACGCCAGGAAGAUGCCCGCCACCAAGCCAGAGCUGGUGCAGCUCUACCAGGUCGGGGAGGUCCGGCCGUUCUACGAAGAGCUGUGUUCUCGCUGUCAGGCCCCCACCAACUACUCUCGCUGGGUCAACAGCCACGUUCGAGGGACCCUGGAAGUUGCCUACACGCUCACCUGGGUGGACCCCUGGGAGCCGUUCUACAUAGGGCCCAACGUCGGGCCCCUUUAUGAUGAGAACUUCAAGCAAUACGGCUUCAAUCGCAUCAGCCAGGCCUGCGAGCUGCAUGUGGCCGGGUACAGGUUCUCGGUGCUGAGCUCGGCCUUCGUGGUGCACCGGGGCUUCAAGAUCCAGGGGGAGUUCCAUGCCCGGAAAGACGAGGAGAACAAACGCAACCGGGUUCUGUUCCGCAGCUUCAAAGAGGGUCUGAAAACCAAAUACCCCUCCUCCACCAGAAGGUGCUGAGAAGAGAGCGAGGACUCUGCAUCCUGCCAGUUUCCAUCCCUCAUGAUUCUGCUGAAGUGAUGGACGUGUGUUAUAUUAACCAGCUUUAGUCUCAAACCCGGCUCCCGGCCCAGAACCUCCUAGUUUCUCUGUGAUCUCUGGUGAUGACGGCACCGUCGCAGCCGAAGAGAAUCAAACUCUUGGGCUUAUUUCAACUCCUUCUGGAAAUGAGCAGCAGGGGAAGGUUCUCUGUGGAAUGUCUGACAUCCUGCUAGUUGGGUCUGAAAGGAGAAACGGGCCCGUGACUCGUGAGAUUACUGAUUCUGAAUCAAACGGACAUUUAAAAUCUAGAUGCAUUCGAUCAAUGUUAAUUUUUAAGAAUAUGAAGUAUGUUUUUGAGCUUGUACAGAUAUAAAAAUAGGCACAAAUGUGACUGCAGAGUUUCUUCAUCCUCAAAGAAGCAGAUGUGCUAAUGACAGCUCAUCAGCGCUGACAUAACAUCCUUCUGCAGUCAGAAAUCAUAUCAAAUCCACACUUAUUGUUUUUUCAUCAUUUAAAGGAAAGACAGACCAUAAAGGUUAUAAUGAAACUGCUUCCAGACAGCCGCUGCAUUUUCCUGAAAGUUUCCAGAGGAGCUGUAGGCGAGAACGUAAAUGUCUGAGUCAGUUACUCCAGAUACUUUCCAGGGUUUCUUAUUGCCUGCUCCGUGGUAACAUGUCAGAAACAUGUCAGAGUGAGCAAACAGCAGGAAGAAGCCUGGAUACAUGCAGACGACACAGUUCAAGAUGUCAGCUCAGUAGAAAACAAGAUCUAGAGCGUUUGACAGCGGACGCCAGUGUCUCUGUAAACAACAAGCAGAGUUUAGACGUGUCCGUCCUCCUGCUGCUCUCAUCAGACGCCCUCUCUCCUCUGAAGGUCCCAGACGGGAUCCUGAUGUUGUGUCGACUCUGGACAACGGUCAGCAGAUGAUCAGUCUGAGGGGAAACGUGGGACUCUGUGACUUCUGUGCCAGUCAGUGAUGUGCUCUUGCCACCAGAUGGCAGCGUGGUGUAUUUCAGAGACACUCCAGCAGAUUACACAACAUCAGCUGUCCCCACGGCUCAGAAGUCUUCAGUCCAGGUUCUGACUCGCACGUCACCGGGACAACAAAGCACUGGACAACUUUAAAUAGAGACGUAGUAGAACACUAGCAGACACUGUGACAACUACUGUAUCAUAACACUGAGCAUCUGAUGUGUAGCUGAUUUGAUUAUAUAAAGCUUGGGUUAUAUACGAGUGAUGUGGAAAUGUACAUGGUUAGUACGUAGAAAGAUAAAAACACUACCAAGCAGCCUGUGUUGUGAAAGGGAGGCUGUGGAAACACACUGUAAAUUCUAGAGCGGACAUUUUAUCGUGUAUCCCACUGGCACGUACAGAGUUAAACCUUUUAGUGAAACACAUAACGAGCAGAUACAGAAGAUAAUGUUCAGUUUCUUUUAUUAUGUAAUUGUUGAUUUGGGAGUUUUAAAUACUUUAUCCUUCACUCGUCAUGUUUGAUAUAUUUAUUGCAAAAAUAUUUUCCUUUUAACUGGAACAGGUCGUUUUUCUAAAUGACCCCAAGCAGGAAAAACUGUAGCACGCAAUUAUGUGAUUGUGCAAAAAAAUGACAUAUGGUACAGAACAUUUCAGAGCUUUUGUUUUAGAACCACAAUUAAUUCUGUGUUUUUGAAGUGAAAUCCGUUUGAACCAAUGACCUUGUGAUGACGUGGAGUGGUGCUUUGUCACGUGUCUCUUCCCGACUUGAAAAUGCAGUUUUUGUAUUUAUAUUUUCUUUUGUGUGUGCAAGAUAUAAUGUGUGAUUUGUAUUGUUGAAAUUUAUAUUAAACCUUCUGGAUGACUUUUAUCUGA